UAAGAGGCAAGGGGAACGCAGUCUAAUAUAAUCUGUGAUCAACCAGAAAGAAAUGUCAAUACGCUGUCUGUUUAGCAAAGCAUUGUAGUGAUUGUAGUAUUGUGAUUAAUCCAUCAUAGAAGUGGUAAAGUAUUUAAUUUGGUGUAGCCCUUGUUAGUGCUUUAGAACAGUUGUAAUUAUCUGGUGGCUACUAUAAUGUAUAUAACCGUUGGCGAGUUGUAGAGCAUGUACGACAGUACAUGCGGUGCCGCUGCUAGCGGGCAAUGCGGCAAGUCGCAGCCCGACGGUGAUGGCCCGCCACCUCGGGAGCCCCCGCCCGCGCCCCUGGAGCGAGACUACAGCGGGUUUGAUAUAGUGAAGGCUACGCAGUACGGCGCUUUCGCUCGCGUCAAGGAGCUCGUAGAGGCGGGAUGGGACGUGAACCAGCCGGAUCACGAGACUGUGACGCUGUUGCAUUGGGCGGCGAUAAACAACAGGCGCGAGAUCAUCCAGUACCUGUUGUCGAAGGGCGCCGCCGUGGAUGCCGUCGGUGGCGAGCUGCAGUCGACGCCGCUGCACUGGGCGACGCGGCAGGGCCACCUCGAGGCCACGGUGCUGCUGGUGCGCGCGGGCGCGGACCCGGGGCUGCGCGACGCGGAGGGCUGCGCCUGCCUGCACCUGGCGGCGCAGUUCGGCCACACGGCCGUGGUGGCGUAUCUGGUGGCGCGCGGCGUGGCGGCCGACGCGCCCGACGCCGCCGGCAUGACGCCGCUCAUGUGGGCCUGCUGGAAGGUGUCGGCCGUGGACCCGGCGCGCCUGCUGCUCACGCUGGGCGCGUCGCCGCGACCCGCCGACCGCUCGCACGGGAACACUGCCCUGCACUGGGCCAUUCUAGCCAGGAACACCACAGCCAUAUCUACUCUCAUCCUCUAUGGCGAUGCCAGCUUAGAUGUGCCCAACCUGCGUGGAGUGACACCUCUAGCAAUGCUCCAAGCAAAUGCCGACUCACUCUGGGUGGGCUCUAAAGUAUCAGACAAAAUAAAAGAGCACUCACUAGCCGCAAACAAAAAGAACAUAUUUAGGAGAUUGACUUAUGACAAGAAGUUCCGGUGGUGGUGCGUGGUGGUGAUGCCGUUCGUGGCGUUCUACCUGACGGGGCUGGUGCUGGAGAUGGACGCGCUGUACCUGGUCAAGGCCUUCCUGCUGGUGUGCUUCUACGGCGCGCUGCACUUCCUCAGCAACCUGCUGUUCGACGACGACCUUAAGAACAUAUUCCCGCUCAGUGUCUACCUCGCGACAAAGGCGUGGUUCUACAUCACGUGGGCGGUGUUCAUCGCGGGCGUGGUGGGCGCGGGCGCCACGCUGCUGUUCGCGCUGUGCUCGGCGGCGCUGUGGGCCAGCUUCCUGCGCUCGUGGCGGUCCGACCCCGGCGUCAUCAGCGCCUCGCGCCAGGACAAGCUGCGCACCAUCAUCGAGCUGUCGGAGUCGGCGCGCGGCGGCUUCGAGCCCGCGCGCUUCUGCUCCGCCUGCCUCGUGCGCCGCCCGCUGCGCUCCAAGCACUGCUCCGUGUGCAACCGCUGCGUGGCCAAGUUCGACCACCACUGCCCCUGGGUGGGCAACUGCAUCGGGGCCAACAACCACCGCUACUUCAUCGCGUUCCUCGUGAGCCUGCUGGUGAUGUGCGCGUGGAUGCUGUGGGGCGGCGCGCAGUACUUCGUGUCGGAGUGCGGCGCCGACGACGCCAGCGCGGCCGCCGUGCUGCUGCAGUGGGCGCAGUGCAACGCUUGGCUGGCCUGGGUCAUGCUCAACGCUUGCUUCCACUUGUUCUGGGUGUUCGUGCUGACGUGCUGCCAGCUGUACCUGGUGGUGUGCCUGGGCAUGACGACCAACGAGCAGCUGAACCGCAGCCGCUACCGACACUUCGUGGCGCGAGGCGGCCGCUCGCCCUUCACGCGCGGCCCGCUGCACAACUGCGCCGACUUCUUCGGCUGCGGCGCCUGCGGGCUGCUGGCGCCGCGCUCGCGGGACUGGGCGGCCGCCGGGCUGGACGACGACGCCGCCGAGCCCAUGCUGCAGCACUACGUGUGAGCCGCGAGCGCCGGCGCCGGCCAGCCCGUCUAGUGCCGCGCCGGCGCCUCCCGGCCCGUCUAGUGCCGCGCCGGCGCCUCCCGGCCCGUCUAGUGCCGCGCCGGCGCCUCCCGGCCCGUCUAGUGCCGGCCUGUCUUCGCCUCAGGCUCAAACUCCACUAUAGUGCAAUCAAGUAGAGCGGAGUCAUUCGUUUUAGCACUAUAAUAUGACCCACGCAGCCCUAGAGCUGGUGGACAUUUUAGAGUAGGUAUUUGAAUCAAGCUAUACACACUCACACAAAAGCACAGACCAGGCUAGAGAGAAGUGUUGAUUUAAUCAACUUAUAAGUGCAAACAAUAAUGAUAAAAUAAAUAGUGAAAUGUCCCCCCCCCAGUCCGAACUGUAGUUAACCGCCUCCCUGUUCUAGUGGUGUCAAGCACGGCUGCUAUGCACCAGGUCUCGGGUUUGAUUCCUGGAUCGGGCCGUAAACGCUUUAUUAUCACUAUAAUAUUUCCUGCGUAACUGACUUAUGUCAACCGAUAUGAGAACAGCCACCGUGGCCGAGAUCGGCCCUGAACGCCGUGUGUAGAGCUAUUAAAGCAAAGGCUUAUAAAGAUAAACCUUCUCAAAAAUGCCUACCAGCUUCAGCAAGUCCGCACUGCAAAGCUUGGCACUGACAGACAUGUCUCCGUGCAGCUCCGCUCUAGUGGAGUCUGGGCCUUAGUAUGAUUUCUAAUGUUAUAGAUAUGAUAUACAUAUCUGUUAAUUGACUUUUAUGCUGAUGAACAAUUAUUUUACCUGAGUGUAUAAUAUUAUUUUAGUACAAUAUCGUGUUGAGGUUCAGACAAAAGAGGUAAAUUUAAGGUUAUAAGAAACGAAGCUUCCUUCUUCUAAGAUCGUCCAGUUUUUAACUCUAUAGAUUUGAAUGUACAUGCUACCAAAUAUGUCACUUGUACCAUAAUAAUACUAAUUUAUAUUAUAAUUAUAUUAUCAUCAAACGGAUUUUUUUGAAUUAGCGAGUAUCACAUGGCUGCAUAGUACACAUAUUUGAUAAAUAAAGACAUUAUGUCUUACGAACGAUAUUGUCUAGUGCAGACUCGCAGAGAUAUGUACAUCCAAACGCAUAAGGCGCAGUGUCGCCGACUGCCGGCCGCGGGCCUGGUCACGCCAGUCGGCUGUCGGCCGCGGGCCUGGUCACGCCAGUCGGCUGUCGGCCGCGGGCCUGGUCACGCCAGUCGGCUGUCGGCCGCGGGCCUGGUCACGCCAGUCGGCUGUCGGCCGCGGGCCUGGUCACGCCAGUCGGCUGUCGGCCGCGGGCCUGGUCACGCCAGUCGGCUGUCGGCCGCGGGCCUGGUCACGCCAGUCGGCUGUCGGCCGCGGGCCUGGUCACGCCAGUCGGCUGUCGGCCGCGGGGCUGGUCACGCCAGUCGGCUGUCAGAUGCUCGCGGACGCACGUCGCCCGCCUCGGUCACUCAUAGUUGCCAUGUUUAUUGUUGCAGUAUUACAUUGUGUUAUUCUAGUAGAAGUAUCAUUCAGAUUUAUUGGAUGAAUAUUGUAAUUAAUGGGAUUUAAUAAUAAAAAAUAAUAUAAGUGCGUGCUCUGUUAAACUUAACUGUAUAAAGUCUGUUAUAAAUUAUUAUUACAAAACUAUUCUACAUAAAAUAAUGAUCAAAUUUAAGAGCUUACAAUAAUACCUAUAAUUCUCUCCUAAAGAUCGCUAAGUAAAGGUUGCUGCUAGUGGAGGAACCGUCGCUCGGUUCGCUCGGGCUGCUUGGAGCACUCGGAGCGAGCGCAACAUGUGUGAGCACAUACUCCUGUGUGCUGCUGGUGGACGAUUAGCGCGGGAAGGGAUUUUCUUCACUCUUCUAUUAGAUGUUAAUGUGUAUAGAAUGAUACUAUUGUAUUAUAUUAAACGAAACCAAAAUGCAUUUAAUGUCAAUAAAUAUGUAAUAAAGUU